AGUGGGGCCCAUCAGCGACAGCAGUGAUGAGACACGAGUCGGAGCUGUCGCCGCCGGUGCUGCUGCUUCACGGCCGCCCCGUGCUUCGCGAGCGAGGUGCUUGACCCCCGCACACGCAUCCGCUUGUUGCUAUGCGGAAGACGUCACAAGAUGGUGGAGAUUCUACUUCUAUUACUAGUGGAUUAGAAAAUGAAAUUAAAAAAUCUGGAGCAAUAAUAAAAACCAAAAGAAAUUCUAUUAAACGAAAGGUUCAGAACUUUAGCCAUGAAUCUGAUGACGCUGUUAUAGAACCUCUCUUGCAAAAAGACAAAGAAAAAACUGAAACAAUAAAGCCCCAAAGUGCCAAAUUUAAUCUUUUGACAAAAACAAAGACCGAAACUGAUGGAAAAGGAAGCGACAAAGAUAAAUUAAUUACAGAAAAGAGUUCAGGGCUGUCUGACACUUCUGACAUCAAGGAUAGAAUUGUAGAAAGUUCUAACGUAAAAGACAAUUCUGUUUCAAAAUCCACAAGUUCUAAUGCUCCCAUACAUAACCACAUGAAUACUAAUGUCUUUAACAGUCAUGAUGGUCUUAAGGGUUACGUUGCACCUAAAAGUCAAAUCCUUGUGGAAAUUGAUAAUUCUAGGCAAGUUGGUUAUAAUCCAAGUCCAUUAAUAUUUACAACGGCGAAAAUACACACUGAUGGUAAAACUAAGCAAAUGGAACCGGUUCAAAUGACUCCAGUGCCCAUAUUAUCAACAAUCGAAGUAAGCGUAAUUAAAAGUGGAAUUAACACCGGCGAAAAUUCGGGGCAAGUCAGUUCAAAUAUUAGUACAGGGUAUUCAACUAUUUCUCAUAAUACUAAACCAAUAACAGAACAGAAUAUGAAACCUUUACUUAAUACACUGCAAAAUAAAGAAAUGGACUCAAAAAUAUUAAUCUCAACAGAGAAGAAAACUGUUACAACUAAAGCGCCAGAUAAAAUAUCUCUAUCAUCUUUAUCCAAUAAGGAAUCUACAUUAACUCAGCCUAAAUCUAUCACAACUAGUAGUAAAGACAAUGCGACAGAAAAUAAGAAUACUAGCAAAAAAGAUCAAUCCGGUACCGAGUGUCCACCUAAAACAUCAGUGUCACAACCUGCUAAUUCUACAUCAUCAAAUAAAAUUAAAACAACACUUCCGCAGGUGUUGCAAAUUGGAGCGGUUCCACUAAGCACGACAAAAGUGACUUCAGCAAAUAAUAAUGGUAAGAGUGAAGUAAUCGAACAACCACUAACAAUAAUGUCAGAUAAAUCACCCCGAUAUCCGGUAAAGAAAAGCGAUUUGAAUAAGAUUGUUAAACCAGAUUCACAAAAAACUGAUGCAUGCGGUAGUGUUAAAUCUGAAGAUAAAGCCAGUGCUGAUAAAGAUUAUAAUAACACAUUCUUUAAUAAUAAACAACUGCAACGUCAAAGUAUUGUAAUCGAUAAGGACGGUACAAUGCCAAAAUUAAAACCGAAUAUGGUAACAUCUCCUCAAUCUAAUGAAGGAAUGAGUUUAAAUAAGUCAGGUGAAAAAUCGAUUUCUAAUGAAGCAGAUAAAAUAGGUGAUAAAACAAAAUUGCCAAAACAUAGUGCCAAUAAUGUGCCAACAACUAUUAUUACGACACUACCAAUAAGCGCCAGUACAGCUGAUAAUAAAAUACCUGCUUCCUUAACUACUAGUUCGACUUCUAGCAAAAAACCUACCCAAACGACUUCCUCCGUUCCUGUUUCUAAAAUACACAACGCCGAUCUAAAAAAAUCUUUAACCGACGAUUUAUAUUGCGCUGUAACUUGUAGUAAAACAUCUGCUCCUACGACUGCAAAUUCAACUACCAGCAAAACCGUUGCUCCUACUAAAACUACAUCAGUGAAUAACCCACCCACAAUCAGCACGCAGGUAACGACAACACAAACUAAUACUGCAACUGCUACUAUCAAGACCACUUCUGUUACUGUACCUAAGACUGCCAAAGAAUCAUCUACGUCCACAAUUGCUCCCAAUACUGCCAAAACAUCUGUUCUAAUGAGUACAACUGUAACAUCUGCAGCAUCUACAACUAUUGCUGCUGGAAACAAAAUAUCUGCUCCGAUAUCUACGGUUGUGACGACAAGUAAACUUUCUGAUGACGUUGUUACUGCCCCAGCUUCAAAAAUCCCAUCUAAAACAACGGGGGCAAUUGCCGAUAAAACAUCUACACCUUCAGUGGCGAUGAAUUCAUCUGAUAACCCUUUAACAUCAUCUAGCAGUUCUAAAAUAUGCACGCCGAUUACGAAGGUUGGUACAGUAACGCCUACUACAGUCGCCAAGCCUCUGAAUACAGAAAAUAAAUCUGGUAGUGCUUCAAGUUCUGUGCACGUCAAAACUACAAAUGACGGCUCAAGAGAAAAACCACAAGGAACUGGAACCUUAGUUACAAAACCUACGAGUUCUGCAAUAAGUACGAAGUCGGCAAAAGUUUCAACAAUGGUCACGCCGAUGACUAAUUCUCAGAAGACGAUGAUGACUAAGCCACAAACUACAGCAAAAACGACAGCUACUAAAACGACAUCACAAUCAUCGGAAAUCACACCAAUAAGUUCAUCAAGCAAAGAAAAAUCCUCUGUGGCCAAAAAUAGCACAACUUCAGUCAGUUCUACAACGAGUGGAAAGUCUGCAGCUCCAAAUUCUACGUUAGUUUCGUCAGGUUCAUCAUCGAAGUCUACUGACGCUAGUAAGCGAAAUGACUCAAAAUCCAAAGAAUUAAGUAACGGUAACAAAAGUUUAAAAGCUUAACAAUUGUUACAGUUUGAGUUUCUAGGAGAUAAACAAGUCGCUCAAUCCAUAGUUGUAAUGAUAAUAAUAUUAAUUUAUAUAAAUAACUAUUCCAAGUUUCAUCACAAGGUAAAAUGUACAAUCUAGCCAUCAAGAUGCUUGAAUCCUAGGUUGCACGGUCACAUUUUCUUAUGAGAUAGACAAUUCCUUACUCCUCGCUCAGCGUAGUGGAAUAGUAGGUAUGUUAUAAAUAGCUGUAAAUACCUAUAAUAGAAACUUGUGAACUGAAUGGUCAAUAUGUCUAAUCUUCUGUAUGUAUGACGUAAUACUAAUAAUUAUGUUAGGCAGUUAGUUAAAAAUGCGUGUUGGAGUAGAUUAUGUUAGUGAAGUUUGACCUAUGUAACACACUAAUUGAUUGCUCAUAGAAUAAUAAAAUGAAAGGAAUUGACAAAAUACUAAGUACAUUGAAAAAUGAUAAUUUUAUUAAAUUGAUGAUAAUUUAAUCCUGAAUGUGUUAACUACAUAUAAAUUAUUCCAAGUGCCAUUUAAAAACUCGUGCGACUAACAUGCAUAGCAAUAUUACCUACUAGUGAUCAAAUCAUGGAAUGUACUUUGAAUGACAUGCGUAUGGUAGGCUAGUGGUGCUAAGAAAUACAUAUUUUUCAUAGACAAUAUUAUUAUUAUUAUAUUUUCGAUACCAUUUAGAGAUGAUUACCUAGUUUCAUCUCACAGUGUCAAUUUAUAUCAAUAUUAAAUUGAUGUGUAUCAUUGAUAUCCAGAAAUCAAGUUAUAAACAUAUUCUGUAUCUAUUUAUAGGUGUUCUGUAAAUUUAUUUAUCAAAAUGUCGAGAGAAAAUUAUAAAAACGCAGGGUAGAAUCGGAUAAUACAAGAAUUAUUUAAUGUUAACAUUUCAUCGAUGUGAACAUUGCGAUAUUUGAUAGUAUUUUUUAAGACAAAGCAAUGUCGGGACGGAUUUAAGUAUAUUAUUCUUUGCAAUGAAAUGAUUAAUUAUCCGAAAUUGUAUAAUGUAAUUAUGCUUAUUUAAUGUCUUCAAGUUUACUUUACAUAAGAUGUGACAAAGUUUUUGGUGCCGAUAAUUUUCAAAGACGUAUCGGGCCCAGAUUAAGCCUCAAGGCUCCAAUUCUUUAUGAACUGCUAUGAGUAUUAAUUAUAUUUUUCUUAAACAUGGAGCCAAGUCCAUUUACUCAGUAAAAGGAAUUAUGACUGUUCAGCUAAGCAUGAUAUCUGCCUUUAUGUCUUCACGAAGCAGUGUAAAUUAAUGAAUUUGUAUAUGAAAAAGGUACCCUAUACCUACAACUAUGGUAGAUAUAUGCUUCACCGUUCAAAAGUAAAAGGCAUUGAAAAUGUAAGUUUACUAUCUGGAGAGAUUGAUGUUUGUCUGCCUUAAAAUGCUUAGGUACCUAUUACAAUAUUUUGUGACCGAAAUGUUAAUGUAAUGGUGACAAACGAAUGGCUAUAUACAAAUGUUCUCUUUUGAUUGUACCUAUGACUUGUUUUGUUUUCACCGUGAUAUCUUUUGAAACACAUAGCCGUAUUGUAGUAUAACAUCAUAAUCUAGCACAAUACCUUAUUUAUUGUAAAGUAGGUAGUGUACCUAAUCUACAAUGGAUUCCGUCUGAUUUAAUUAUAAGCACAAUUUUUGUUCUUGUUAUGCCAAUAUUAUAGCAUACCAAAGACGCCUAUAGGAUUUUAUGACGGUCAUAAUCAGGGAUUUUUGUUCCAACCAAUACUCUAAAGUAGGAUAAGCUUAGUAAAGCUGAACGUCUAUGUUAGUAAAUUCAGGUUCAGUCGAGGAAUCUGGCUUGUGCCAAAUUUUGUCAGUCAGGAUUACGUCUACGUUGUCUCUCCGGUGUGUUGCUAGAUUUCCCGGAUAAUUUUCGUACUUUAUCAUAUGCAAAUCAAAGUACUUAUACAUUUUACAAAUUCUUUUUGACUUCCAUCAAAAGCCAAAAUUGUCUUAUAUAAGAAAUUCUCAAUUUUGACAUCGCUGCAAAAAUCGGUGGCCACCCAUGACUUUAAUGAGCGAUUUUCAUGCAGCAUAUUAAGUAUUUUUUCUACUGCCAUUAUAAUUACUCUAUGAAUUGAGCCCUUAGCACAGUCCUAGCAACCACUAGACCAUCGAGUAGCUAAGUCAGUAUAUAAAGUUAUUACAUGAGAAAGAUUAAUUAGUAGGUUCCGAACUGACACAAAUCUAUUCAGUAUUUCUGCUAGGAUUGUUCAGGAAUAAAAAGAAGAAAUAAUGACAAAAUUCCACAUUUGUGGUAUGAUUUGAUGUACACCCAUACCUAUUACUAGGUAGGUACAAUUCCUGUCACCUAUAAUAUGAUGCCAAACCAUAAUAUUAAUAAAAAAUUUAUGAACUGCCAUAGAAAUAGUUUUCUUAUUUUUACUUGUGCCUAGUAAUUAGUAUACAACGUUCAGUUUUUCGUUUAUACAUUUUUCGUCCCGUCUGUAUGUAGGUACGGUAGACUGCACAUCAGUGGUAACUGUCAUGCACCUUAACUCAUAGUAAUAAGUACGAUUUUCCUAUAAAACUGUUACCACUGACCUGAAGUUGACUGUACGAGUACAAUUAGGCCGAUUUUAACACAAACAAUUUUAUUAAGAUUUAUAUCGUGUCAUUAAAUUGGUUAAAUAAUUUUAACCCUUUUUCUUAAUCCUGUAUUGAGGCUGUUCUUGUAGUUACUUAGUGAAUAGUGUUACACCACGAAUACGUGAGAGUAAGAAAUCUUGUGAUAAGGCAACACUGUAAACAAAUUACGAAUAAUACGUCGAUUUUAUUUUUAAAUUUAAAAUUAUUUGGGUCCUAGUAUAUCCUAUAAUUAAAUAUCUUGUAAUAGAUCGUUUCUUCAAAGGUAUAAAAAUAAUAGCUUCAUUAAUUCAACGUUUACAUAUCUCUUUUCCUCAUAAUAAUUGUCAAGCAUAUAAGGUUAUUUUUUUAGGAAAUCUGUGUGUAAUAUCUUUCUAAAUGUUGUACUUGCCACCAAUUUGCACAAAACAUUAUGUUGCACCAAAACUUACAAAGUUACGAGUAAAUACGUUGUCAUGUAGAUAAGUAGAGUAUUUUGUUAUGUAAUUAGUAAUUAGAGGAGUUAGGAAAAGUUCACACCGAUUAAACCUUAUAAACAUACGUAGUCAUAUAUUUUUAUUUAAAUCUAUUUCUCUGUAUGUUAUCUACUUACUUACGAAAUAUGCAUUCGAGGUUGAUAUUAUCUCAUACCUAAUAUUCGAAAAUAAUAAUUUAUUAGACAAAAAUAAGUAAUGGUUCGUUUGUAGACGCUUUGGAAGUAUAAAGGGUUCUUUGCACUGCUAAGGAAUAUUUAAAUUCAAUUAUUAAAGAACGAUUGUGUAAGUAGGUACCUUAACUUAAACUGUAGUCUAUAUCAAGUUUGUAGAUUACAUUUGUCGUUUAGAUACUUUACUCAAAUUGUAGAUUUAUAGUAUUUAAGAAAAUAAGUACCUAUAUUUAAAUUAAGUUGUUAUAAUUUUUUAGAUAACUUUAUUUUGAUAACUAUCAUGUUUUAUCCCGUAGCACCGAAUUUAUAAAUGAACCUACCUGAAAUUUGUAUGAUAUUGGAAUAGUAGUUGACCUAUUUGUUUUUAAAUAGGUACCUACCCGUUUAGUUGUCCAAACAUACAUAGGGUUGUUGGUACAGUACUGUAGGUCGAUAUAAUUGAGUAGAGGCGCGCGGCUGCAGCCAGGAGCGGUGACAGACGAUACUUGACCACUUGACACUCACCGAUACAGGGCAAUAUGGAUAUUGUGUAUUUCCAAAAUACGUAUGUUUCUACGUGACAAUUAAACGCCUAAAUUGAUUAGCAUAUUGUUGUUGAACUUGAUGUAUUUUAGAGAAUUAUUGAUCAAAUCGAUGUUAUAUAGAUGUUUAUUGUAAAUAUUAGCUUUAAUUGAAGCCAAAGAAGUAUGGAAUGGUCUAGAGUGUUAUAGAAGGCUGUAUUUUUGGGUGAUAUUUUAGAACGAAGGCAUCAUAUCUUUCAUACAAUAUAUAAAAAAAAUAACACGAUAUACCUAAUAACAGAUAUGAGAUGAGAUGGACAUAGAAAAGGUAAUGAUGUGAUAAAUGCAAAUGGAUUUUAGUUUUAGUGUUGUUGUGCUAUUAAUAAAAUAUGUUCAAAUGUGGUUA